CCAGAGAGGGGAGAGUCAGGACGUCUCAAGCAGCAGAUCACUACAAAAAAAACGGAAAAAGCAAACAGGUCCGUCAUUAGAUACUAUCAAACAACCGAGAAAAAUAUACAAACAAUUUUUUGGAUAAAAGCAAAGCCUGGAAGAGAAAAACGUGGACCUUCAAUUAUUUCUUGUGUCUCGCAUUUCCUGGCUGAUUUUUUUUCCGGCAGAAAUUGACAGCAGCUGGGGUCGCUCCUAGAACCAAGGACACAAAAUACAGCAUUUUUCGCAGACCCACCGGACUUUCCCUACCUCCCCGUUCCCCACAGUGUAUGAGACUCUCCACAUUAGGGACGGCUUUUUUAUGUGUACAAACGGCGCAGCCAUUUAGUUUUUUCAGUCAGCCGAGACGUAGCUAGCCUGCUAGCUAACUCUAUUAGCUAGGUGGUUAGCUACGCCUAGGAAUUACAUCUGGUUUGGGUGAACAUACACACUGCGGAUGAUGUCGACCAAGGACCAGAACAAACUCUCCACCACUGAGCGGCCCAUUCGAGCGGUGCCGUAUCCCCCGACGACGCGCCUCACCAUGAAGGAGCUUUAUGAGGACGGCCGGCCCAAGGUGGAACUGCUGAAGGCCCACCUGCUGAAGGAGGGACGGCUGGAGGAGGACUUGGCGCUGCGCCUGAUCAACGACGGAGCCAACAUCCUGCGCCAUGAGAAGUGCAUGCUGGAGGUCGAGGCCCCUAUAACAGUGUGUGGAGAUGUUCACGGCCAGUUCUUCGACCUGAUGAAGCUGUUCGAGGUGGGCGGCUCCCCUAACAACACGCGCUACUUAUUCCUGGGGGACUACGUGGAUCGAGGUUACUUCAGCAUAGAGUGUGUGCUGUAUCUGUGGGCCCUAAAGAUCAACCACCCCACCACACUCUUCCUGCUACGAGGAAACCACGAGUGCCGGCACCUCACAGAAUACUUUACCUUCAAACAAGAGUGCAAGAUAAAGUAUUCAGAGCGUGUGUAUGAUGCGUGUAUGGAUGCGUUCGACUGUUUGCCCCUGGCCGCACUGUUGAAUCAGCAGUUCCUGUGUGUGCACGGGGGCCUGUCACCCGAAGUCAGCUGCCUGGACGACAUUCGUAAGUUAGAUCGGUUUAAGGAGCCGCCAGCUUUCGGGCCGAUGUGCGACCUGCUCUGGUCAGAUCCUGGUGAGGAUUACGGCAGUGAAAAAACACAGGAGCACUUCUGUCACAAUAGUGUGAGAGGCUGCUCUUACUUCUACAGUUAUCCUGCUGUGUGCGAUUUCCUGAUGAACAAUAACUUGCUGUCGAUAAUCCGAGCACACGAGGCUCAGGACGCAGGGUACCGAAUGUACAGAAAAAGCCAGACGACGGGUUUCCCAUCAUUAAUCACAAUCUUCUCAGCACCAAACUAUUUAGAUGUUUAUAAUAAUAAAGCUGCUGUGUUGAAAUAUGAGAAUAAUGUCAUGAAUAUCCGUCAGUUUAACUGCUCUCCUCAUCCAUACUGGCUGCCCAACUUCAUGGACGUCUUCACGUGGUCUUUGCCUUUUGUCGGAGAGAAAGUGACUGAGAUGCUGGUGAACGUGCUGAACAUUUGCUCUGACGACGAGCUGAUGUCAGAAGGAGACGACACCUGUGAAGGUGGCACUCCAGCUGGUCGUAAGGAGGUGAUCAGGAAUAAGAUCCGUGCCAUCGGCAAAAUGGCCCGAGUUUUCUCUGUACUUAGGGAGGAGAAUGAGAGUGUGUUGCAGCUGAAGGGUUUAACCCCCACUGGGACACUGCCUCUCGGGGUGCUUUCUGGGGGCAGGCAGACGCUGCAGAGCGCCACCGUAGAAGCAGCCGAGGCCCGAGCUAUUCAAGGUUUCAACCCUCAGCACAAGAUCCAGAGUUUCGAGGAGGCGCGCGGUCUGGAUCGUAUAAACGAAAGAAUGCCUCCACGAAAGGAUUCGACGGCCAACUCCAUCAACGCCGACAAGAACGGCACCAACGCCCAGGCGUAGUCUCCCUCUCACCCUAUCCAUGCCCCUCCACUUCAUUUUCUAUCUCUCUCUCUCUUUCUCUCUCUCGCUCUAUCCUGCUCAUCUUUCAUUCACUCCUGGACCGUUUUGUAAGAGAACGGCACAAACACACAGGCGUAUUCCACACUCCGGGUCGGAAAAAAAAAAAAAACAUCCCUCUCUCUUUUUGCUCGUCCGUCCUCUCUUCAUCCAUCAAAGUUCUCCUGGAGAAAACGGCACAACACCGUACAAAAAAAAUCUUUUUUUUAUUUAUUUAUUGAUUUAUGAUAAGAAAUUAAGUAUAUAAUGUUAAAAAAAAAUGGAGAUAAUUACAAUGAGUAUUCAAAGAAUAUAAAACACAGUAUGUAAAAAUAUAUAAAUAGUCUUGGAUUUGGUGUCAUCAAAGUUUUGAACAUUUUUUAGUUCCUGAUUGGUUUAGAUUUUUUUUUUUCUAAUUCUUUUCUUUUUUUUUUCAGCCAAAACGUCUUGUAGUUUAGCAAUCAAAAAAAAGAAAGAAAAAAAAAAAUAAGCACGUACUUGGAACGUUGUCGAGUUGGUAUUCGGACCUGAUGUAGAUUUUUCCAGGAUGAUCAUGAAGUAUUGAAGCAGGAAAAAAAAUUCAUUUGUCAAAUGCUUCAGUGUUUAAAAAAAAAAAAGAGAAAAGAAAGCGAUUGAUAGAGCGCACUGACUCAAGUGUUCACACGCUGACAUGGAUGUGUGCAGUUUCGAAUGUUCCUACGCUUCGAUGUUUCAAAUUUAUUUGAUGGGUUUUUAUUAUUAAUAUUAUUAUUAUUAUUAUUAUUAUUAUUAUUUGGAUCUGGCAACCCUGGUUGUAAAUUGGCGGAGAAAACAAAGCAGCACAAUCGUCAAGACUUGGUGAAGGGAACAACGGUGCAUUUGUUAGAAGUGUGUGUGUGUAUGUAUACAUGAUUCUCGCAACACAUGCCACAUAAUGUCUGUUGAUGCAGCAAUGAUUCGUUGUAUUGGACGGAUUUGUGUCACAUGGGUCCCACCGAAAAAAUUAAAAAAAAACUUUAGUUGACUCAUGAUUACAUAAAAAAAUUAAAAGAGGGGGAUCAGGAGGAAUUCAUCCGCACCAUUUGCACAUGGCUGUGAUGAAAAUGUCGAGCGUAAACCUUCUGUAUCUCUGAGGUACGAGGAGCUUUAAGUCUAUAAUCCAAAAAAAGGCAUUCAAGUCCAUAUUAAAGGUGUAAAAAAGACUAUGAGGAACCUGAUUAUUUUGGGUCUGUAACCUUUUUCUAUAUUCAGCAUCAUAAAAAUCAUCCAGCGCAGUGCAGAAGCUCCCAGUUUAAUUGGAUUAUUUAAGAUUGGACUUGCUGUAGGACCCUUUUGCCAACAGAUGCCUGGUUUAGGAUUUAGAACGAAAAAGGGGGAAAAAAACAGCAUUCUUAAAAAAGAAAAAUUCAAUAAAUGUAUUUUUUUUUAUUCUGCAGGUAAACCAUUUAUCCAAUAAUGCCAUGUUCUUCCUGCUUUUUUUUUUCUUUUUUACAUCAUUUGUUCAAACUAAAUUGUAUACUGUACUAUUCAUUUUAUUAUUAUUUCUAAUAAAUUUACUUUGCAGUCAUUUUUUGCCGAUUCUGACACGAAGGGACUGAUUCCCUCUCUAAAGCCCAGAUCAACAAAAUCAUAAGCUGGAUCCCAUCUUUUUUUCCUUUUCUUUUUUUUUUUUUUUUUUUAUUAUUAUUAAUUUAUUCUUGUUUCUCAAUUUAAGACUCUCAUAAUUAGUUGUAAUCCUUCACUUUUCCAUUUUGAGCCAAAAUACCAUGUCGUGUGAUGCAAAAAACGGGGGGGGGGGGAUUGAAUGAAAUCCAGAGCCAGAGGAGGAAAUGAAUGAAAAAUUCCAAAGCUGUAAAACAUGACUGGUUGGAGAAUCACACAGCUGUUAGUGUCGGUGCUAAAUGUGUAAACGUUUCUACGUUUUUAUUACUUCUUUAAAAAGUCAGCUGACUUAUCAAGUGUAGAGUCCCUCAAAGACAAAUCUGAUGGAUGUAAUCAGAUGAAAUCAGAUGAUUUGCACAACCCGAUACCUGUCUAAUUGUAUUUUAGGAGCUGCAGUGCAUUGUGGCAGCAGCUGCAGACCCACAAGCUAUAAAAGGCUGUUGAUUAAAAUUAAAAAUGUUGGGUUUUUUUUCCUCUCUUUUUCUCCAUAAGUUUGCCGAUUGUGUUGUCCCUGUUCUCUACAAAAUGGGUCCCCAGAAUCCAAAGGCUUCUUUGUUUAUUUUUCCUGUUCUUUUAAUUGAUUUCCUUCCCCUCCUUGUCCGAUGUAAAGGGGAACUGUGGCGUGAUGUGUGACUGUAUUUAGGGCUUAUUUUUAUUUGCUUAUUAUUUGAAAUAAUUUUUUUGCAUUUUUCUGCGCUAUAAAGGAGUUGAAUGGAGAGAUGCUCCGCCUCAGGGGGGCUUCAUUUCUGACUUCUGUUAUGGAUUCUGAACAUAUCUUACAGAAUGUACAGAAAAUUCAUGUCUAUUAGGAUUUUUAUUUCUUAAUAAUAAAGUAAUAGUAAGAAUA